GACGAAGUUGUGCGCAAGUCCGAAGAGAGUCGUUUCAUCGCUGUCGAGACAAAGUCGUUGUUUCGCUUUUGCAUUCUCCUCCGUGUGGGACGACUCCGCCAUCCAUCUAGACGAGUCGCUCGCUACAAAGACGCACAGCCCGACGUUGUUUCGCCUCUGCGUGUAGUUGGUGCGUGCUGCCAACUACGAGAGUGUUGUUGUAGCCGCGGCUACACACCGGCGGCUACGGAGGGGUCAGUGUGCGCGUCAAAGGUGCGCGAACGGUGCGAGUACGGCGUGCUCCGUGGUGGGCGGCGGGAGCGCACGCUCGUCGUCGCUCACCGCUAGUCGCUCCUGCCUGCCGGCAUGGCUGGCGCCGCACCACGGCUACUAUGAGGAUAACCUCAGCUGCGCCCUCAAGUCUCAGGCGGCCAGCAACGCUAGCAGCGCCGGCGUCGUUAGCAGCAGCAGCCCGAGCCUGGUGGUCAGCAGUAGCCACCAUCACCACCACCACAGCGGCGCUGGCGUCCACGGUGGCGUGAGCGGCGGUUGCCCCGCCGCGCUGUGCCGCGCCUCGCGCGACGCCAUGGAGGAACAGGCCGGGCCCUGGGCCGGCUACGAGGGCCGGCAGGACCCGGCCGUUCUCGCCCAAGAGGACAUGGACAUGUUCUUCCACUCGCUGCAAGACGGCGCGGGUCCCGCCGCCGCAUCGUCGUACUACGGGAACCCCGCCGCCAGGGCCGUCCACGGAUACCGGCCCGCCCACCCUCGUGUGCCGAGCAGCCAGGUGUGCCGGCCACACUUCCACAGCCCGCUGCACCCGUGGAUCUCGGACACGGCCAAGGCGGCCGCGGCCGCGGCCAUGGUGCCCCACCAUGGCGCAGCUGCCUGGUGCUCCCCGUUCCCGCCGGCCAAGCCGCAGCCCAGUCCGCCCACGGCGCCCUCGCACUCUAGUCCGCACCUGUUCAGUUUCCCGCCCACGCCGCCCAAGGACGCCACGCCGGACCCGGCCGCGGCCGAGGCGCCGGGCUACGCCACGGCCGCCUCCGGAGGCUGCGGCGACGACCACAAGCCCGGCAUGCUCACCUCCCUGGCGGCCACGUCCUCCUGCGGCGGAGCGGGCAAGCGCGAAGGCGCCAGCGGAGGCGGUAGCGGGAGCAGCUCGGGCAGCGGCGCGAGUUCUCGCCGAGAACUGUCGCUGCCCUUCGCGUCCCUCGACCAACCCACGGCGCCGUACUUCUGGAACGGCAGCCAGGCGCUCGCAGCGGGGCCGCGGUCUGACAUCUCGGCGUUCGGAGAGGGCAGAGAGUGCGUGAACUGUGGUGCGACGUCGACGCCGCUGUGGCGACGAGACGGCACCGGGCACUACCUGUGCAACGCAUGCGGUCUCUACCACAAAAUGAACGGCCAGAACAGGCCGCUCAUCAAGCCCAAGCGACGACUCUCUGCGGCGAGACGGGCCGGAACAAGCUGUGCCAACUGCAAGACGACCACGACGACGCUGUGGAGGCGCAACCAGAAUGGCGAACCCGUCUGCAAUGCCUGCGGUCUCUACUUCAAGCUGCACAAUGUGAACCGGCCGCUGACGAUGAAGAAGGAAGGUAUCCAGACGCGGAACCGCAAGCUCUCAUCCAAGAGCAAGAAGAAGAAAGGAGGCGCCGGCAGCCUGGCCAUGGCGCUGCCAGACUGCAUCAAGCCCUUGGACAAAGGUUUCUCCAGCUUCUCGCCGACGGGCCACCAGUUCGCCUCGUCCAUGUCCAUGACCAUGAACCACUACAUGCACCAGGGCAACAUGAACAUGCCCAUCUCCAUGGGAGGCACGUUCGUCACCUCGCCGCCCAUGCACAUGACCACGGCCACGGGCCUGUCCAGUCUCGGCCUCGGUCCGUCCACCGCGGGCCUCAGCCUGGCCGCGUCCAACAGUAUGGUGGGUGCGAUGGCCUAGCAGCAGCUGCAACGGUACCCGCCUUGUCGGGACGCAGAAGAAGGCAGCAGCAGCUGCAGCAUCUCCCCCAGUGCGGUCACGUGCUUCGAGUGCAAGAACUCACCGCCGUGAGGCGACGCAGUCAUCAUCGCACCCUCCUCCUCCCAAUGCGUGAAAAACGAACGCUCUAUCGUGACUCGUCGCGACACCCCUGUACAUAACGAAGACGAAAACAGUACACGGAGGAUUGAGAGACUCGACAGACCGACCCGGACGUCGUGGAAGCACACGGAAACAAAAGAAACAGAGAGAGCUAUAGUAUAUAUAAUCUAAUCUAUCUUUCAUCACAAAGUACGUACUGCUGCUAUACAUUACGGCGCGCGUGCGCGCGCGUGUUUUAUGUGUGUGCCUUCCGCCCGAACUCUGCGCGCCGGGUGGUGUGACGCUGCGUGAGUGUGGAACUGUUGAAGUGUGGACACACAUAGCAGCGAGCUUGCGCAGCUGCUUAGGACUAACGUGGCGACGCUCAGCUGCUCAUGAGUGUGCUUGCCAGCAGCCGCGGUGCCACCGGCAGCCACCUCGCAUUUUGCGUGGGGUGUGCUUUCCUGGCGUUUUGAGUGCACGGUGAAUUGGCGAUCUGUGCGGAGGGACCACUCUCCAGAG